AUGGCGAAGGGCGUUGCCGAAAAGUGGGUUCCCACCGGACGGGCGGGGCCGCUGCUGCUGCCUGGAGGGCGGCAUGAUCGGAUGGCGGCCCAGAUGCGGGCGCGAUGGGCGGCCUGGGGAUGGGGGCCCGCCCUGGCGUCGCAGAUUUCGGCAAUUUUCUGUCUCUUGGGAGUGGAACGGAGUCUGCAAAAAUUCUUUUGCCCUUUGGAAAGGGCAUCGCAGAAUUCGGUAACGUCUGUCGCUCCGAGUGGGACGGAGGUUGGUCAACUUUGCUGCUCUUCUGCCUUUCGCGAGAAAGUGCAAUUUUGCGACGUGCGCCUCCUUUCUUCCUGUUUUUUUGUGUUCCUUGAUGCUGUGGGGUGGGGUUUGCCGAUCAUUGUGACGUCAGCGUAG